CCGUCCAUGCUGCAGCUUUGCUGCCCCUCAAAAUUUGUAAUCCGAAGGCCCCCACUUAUUCAUCAUUCCCUUUGAACCCAAAUGUUUUGAUUUGUUAAAAUCACAAACGAAUAUCAGUUGUUACUGCAACAGCAACCAACAGCUCUCAAAGGGUGAGCCAACAGAACUUGACAGCUUCGGCUUAAAAUCGUUUUAGGCGCGCGAGCGCUCGGGCGCACAGAAGGCAUGGACGAGGCGGAUUUUGACCUGCUUAUGGCUCUUGCCGACGAGGCAGAGGAGGAGCCAGCACCAAAGCUCGCCGCCUUGGCAUCGAAACCUCUUGCCGCAAGCAAACAUGUUCCAGUGGGCGCAGCGGCGCCGUCAGCUGCCACCACGUCAAUGCAGCAGGCUUUCGGACCUAUCGGAACGGUGUAUUUUACCUCGGACGGGAGCCAGCAGCGACCCGGUGCUUCAACCGCCAAGCCCCCUGGAAAGGCCUUUUCAGAUGGCUACCUGGAUCGCACCUCGGGGUUCCGGGUGUCCAAGCCGGUCAUCGGCAGCCUGGUGCUGCAUGAGCGGCUGAGCGAUGGCGAUGUGGUGUACCUACACCUCAAGGACAUACGCGCCAACCGGGAGUACGCGGGGCGCUGGGCCACCAUGGCUGUGCUGGUGGGCAAGACGCAGGCCACGGGCAAGGACGGCGGCAGCUACAGCCGCUGGACGCUUAACGACCUGGCGGGCAAGCAGGUGACUCUGUUCCUGUGGCGCAAGGCCGCGGCGGAGCACUACAAGGAGGUGGAGGGCAGCCUGCUGCUGCUGUGGAGCCCGCAGGUGCGCGCUGACUCUGGCGCUGGUGGUGGCGGCGGCGGCGGCGGCGGCUUCAGCCUGCACAUAGACAAGCCGGAGCAGAUGCAGCGGCCGGGGCUGGCGGCGGACUUCGCGUUCUGCAGGGGCAUUCGCAAGGACGGCCAGCGCUGCACGUACCCGGUGAACCGCAGCACCUGCGAGUACUGCCCCUACCACGCACAGUCGGCGCUGCGCGCGCUGAGCUCGCACCGCUCCGACAUGGCGGGGGCCAACCUGCUGCAGCGCCAGCUUCUGCCGCAGGCGCGUGCCGCCCAGAAGCACGCCACCGCCGCCGCCUCCGCCGCCGGCCGCUCCGUGUCGGCGCCCGGCAUGAACGCCCUCAUCGCCAAGCCCCUGCCCGCAGCCGUGGUGAAGCAGCUGCCCGGUGGCAUCGCCGGCAGCGGCCGGAUGCUGCCGGCCGCCGGCGCCGCGGGCGGCAGUGGCAGCUCAGCUUCUUCUACUGCGGCGGCCACGGCCGGCAGGCCUGCGGUCGCCAUGAUGAGGAGCACGGGCGCGUACGGCAGUGAGGAGGACUAUGGGCCGGACCUGGCGGCUGUAGCUGGGGCUGGUGGCGGUGGUGGUGGCGGUGGUGGUGCUACUGCCGGCGGCGCCAAGCGCUCGUACGGCACGGCGCUGCUGGCGGGGUUGCAUGAGCGGCAGGCGGCGGGCGAGGUCCCGGAGGGCGGCGCCCCCGACCCCAAGCGGCGGCGGUCGGAGCUGGAGUGUAUCGCGGAGGCCGCCAAGGCUCGCGCCGUGGCGGCCGCACGCGCUGCGGGCACACUGCAGCGGCAUCCCCCGCACUCCUCCGUGACGCCCGCCCGCACUGCGGCCGUCGCCGUGGGCACCGCCGCCCUCCUCGCGCCAACGCCCGCGCCUCGCUCCGCCGGCGCUGCUGCCGCGUCUGCCACCCCUGCUGGCGCUGCUGCUGCCCGCGCGAUGCUGGCCUCAUCGGGUCCGCGCUUCACUCCGCGGCCGCCGCCGCUGCCCGCACACCUAGCCGCACUACUCAAGUCGCCAGACGCGGCAGCCUCCAGCGGCGGUGCAGCCGCCAGCGGCGGCGCCGGCGCCAGGGCACCGGGGCGGCCGGGUGCCGUUGCGGGUGCGGGUGCGGGUGCCACCGGCAUCAGGGGGUCGUGGGCGCGGGGCCCCACUGCGGCGCCCCCAGCCCGCACGGGAGCUGCCGCGAAGGCACCGCCGCCUCAGCCGCAGCAGCAGGCUCAAAGGGCCAAGCCGCCUGCGGGUGCCGACCAGCAACAGCGGCAGCCACAGUCGCAGCUACAGCCGCAGCAGCAUGGACGGAAGGAAGAGGAGGAUGAGGAGGCGGACAUGGUGGAACUGGACGUGGGUGGAGCAGAUGGGGCGGAGGCCGGCGGCGACGAGGGCGAUAUCCUGAUUGUGGAGCCCGCGGAGGAGGCGGAGGAUGGAGGUGGCGCAGCGGCGGCACAGCAAGAGCAGGAUACGGAGGGCGGGGCAGGAGGCGAAGACCUCGUUGUCCUAGAGGAGGAGGAGGAGGAGCAGCAGCUGACGGAGCAGGAGCGGAAACAGCGCAAGCCGCAGGAUACGCAGCCACAAAACCGGAGAAUCGAGCAGCAGCAACAGCAGCAGCAGCAGCAGCAGCAGCAGGAUGUCAAGGUAGCGGGCCAGGCCGUCGGCGGUGACGGUGAUGGCCGUGGCGAGGCAGGCGCGGGCGCGGGUGGCGCCGGCGGCAGGAACGGGGAGGGCCGGGGGGCGGCUGCUGGGGUUGAGCCGGAGGCGGAUGAGGUGGAGCUGUGUGGCCUGGAUGAGCUGCUGGACAUGUUCCCCGAGCUGCAGGAGGGGGAACAGGAGGAGCGACAGCAGCAACAGCAGCAGCAGCAGAAGCAGGGGAGUGAUGGGAGUGAGGGGCGCAGCAGGGCUGCCGCUGCCGCCGUCGUCACCGCCGCGUGUGGAGGCCGCAAGGCAGGCACGUCACACACGGCAGGCGGCCAGCAGAAGGGACCUGGUUCAGCCGCGGCAGCUGGGCUGCUGCCGCGUGUGGCGGGCCUGUCCGCCGUCGCGCCGCAGUCCGUGCGGGCGGCGGAGGCGCGCAAGCAGCAGGCCGCGGCGGCCAAGGCCCGCGCGGAGAAGCUGCGCGCGCUGGGGCUGGCGAACAAGCAGCAGGGCGGCGGCGGUGCUGCUGCCGCCCCGCAGCUACAGCCGGGAAUGGCGGCAGCGGUGCCGGGCGGCCGCGCGCCCCUGGCCCCGCACAAUGGCGGACUGGAUGUGGCCGCGGCGACGGCGCUGGCGAUCGCAAAGGGCCUGCCGCUACCCAGGCCUCGAGCUGGUGGUGGUGGUGGUGGCACGCGGGGCGGUGCUGCUGCCGUGGGAGGCCGGCCGGGCGGCGGUGCUGCAGGCGGUGCGGGUGCUGCUGCUGCCGGUCCCUCAGCCAUGGAGGCGGCGUUUGGCGCGCUGGCCAAGGCGCUGCCCAACGAGAAGGCGGGCGUGGAGUCGCGGUACAGCGAGCUGUCUGAGGAGGCGGCGGGCGACGCCGUGCUGUCCAUGCUGGCUGGUCUGGAGGCGCGUGACGCGCUGGCGGCGCAGCUGGACUCCGUCAUGCAGCUCAAGGUAACGGCCUGGCACUGCGCCACCUGCGAGCGGCUGAGCGAGUGGAUGGACAAGCGCUGCCGCGACGAGGGCCACGCGCUGAGCAAGACCAGCACGCUCAAGCGCUUCUGGAAGUGCGACCACUGCAACGCCCGCAUCACCACCUUGGGCGUGCGCUUCCCAGGCAACCGCUGCAGCAAGUGCAACAAUCCCUCCCUGGAGUUCACGGCCUGCAGCAUGUACCGCGGCCCCCGCGACGUCAAGACCUCGGCGGGCGCCGGCGGCAGCGGCGGGCUGGCGGGCAAGGAGAACCUGUUCGCCUGCCUGGACGAGCACCCAGAGAUGGGCAAGCGCACCUUCCGCUAGCUGCCGCGGCGGCGGCAAUGGUGGUGGUGGCGUUGGUGUGGUGUGUAUGGAUGCAAGUGUGUGGAUGUGUGUGUGUGGUUGGGGUAGUCGGGAUGUAUCGAGGUGUGUGAUGGAGCUGGAUGGAGGUCAUAUGUGGCGGCGGCAGAGGUUGCGGGAUGCAGACGAGCAGGCUAAUCGAUGAGAAACGUGGCCCUCCCGCUCUUCGCGCCCCCCCCCCCUUGAGUCGUUGCGCUCCAGCAGCUCAGCCCAAUAAAUGUGGUGGAGUAAGCAACACGUGGUGCGCCGAGGCUGAUUCAAAACAACAUAUCGACGUGCUUGGAAACAAGGGGUGUCAGCUUUGUACAGCUGGAAAAUGGGCUGAGCCCCCGUACGCUUGGGAGCUAAUAGGCGUGUAACGCCCCGUUAGA